AUGAACAUUGUUGGAUGUUUUUUCGGAUCCAUCCCAUAUUGUUAUGGAUCAGAUGGACUGACUGGACAAUACCGUUUUGGUGCAAGAUCCGAAGUUAGCGUUGUAAUUCUUGGAUUUUUUAAAUUAAUCCUGGGGAUAUUAUUUGGAAAGACUUUAAACUAUCUUCUAAAUUACUUCCCUUAUUCAAUUCUUGGUGUAAUGAUUUUUGUCUCUGGAGCGGAAUUAUCAUCUGCAGCACGAAAUUUCAUGAACACUUGUGAUCAUGAUGAUGAUGAAACGAAAAAGAAAUAUUUUAUCUUAGUGAUCAUAACGGCAGGAUUAUUGGUUGGCUUCCAAAAUGAUGGCAUUGGAUAUGUUGGUAGUAUGCUG